AUGGCUGGUUUCCCGCCGACAGAAUUGAGCCACUCAGUCAGGGCAAACACGCUGAGACCGACAGUCUUGAUGUAUCUGAAAAUUCUGACCAACACUUCCAAUAUAGGCGGGGGACAAAUAUUAAGGAAUGCUCUUUCGCUGUCCUCUAUUCUCAAUCAGCCAAUGGAAAUACACAAUAUUCGGGGAGGCAGGCCAAUACCGGGUCUCGUAAUUACUAACUAUUCUACAAUCAGACCACAGCAUUUGGCCUGUGUGAAUAUUAUCAGUGAAAUAUCAUCGGCAAAGAUUAGUCAGACGUCCGUAGGUACACUCGAUCUGACUUAUUGUCCUGGAAAUAUACAUGGAGGAAAUUACGUGAGUAUAAGCCUGAUUAUCCAAGCAGCUCUCCCUUGCCUGGUAUUUGCAGGAGCUAGUUCUCAUCUGACAUUGUGCGGGGGUACUGAUGUGCCCACAUCACCACCAAUUAAAUAUUAUGAAAAUGUAGUCUUGAAAAAUAUUCACAAAUUUGGAGUUAAUGCUUCGAUAAAGACAAUAUCGAGGGGACUUUAUCCAAAAGGAGGCGGGAAAGUCGAGUUAUCCGUCCCCUCUCAAGAGACUCCGAAGGCAGUUGAAAUGACUGAAUCCGGGGAUUCUGUGAUUUUUGGAAAUAGAGAAGACCCUAUUAUAGUUGGGGAGGAGUUGGGGAGGAAAGUGGUCGCGUUGGUGAAAGCGGAAAUAUGUUUGGAUGAGUAUAUGCAGGAUCAAGUGGUGUUGUGGAUGGCUUUGGCUGAGGGAAGGUCGCGGAUUUUGUGCGGGGAUAUCACAUUACAUACUCAGUCCUCUAUUUUGUUGAUCGAACAGUUUUUGAGUGGAGUCAAGUUUGAGAUCAAAUCAGUUAGUCCGGGCAAAAAUCUGAUCUCAUGUACUGGCUUUAAAUAG